CGAGCAGCGACGGGAAGCUAUACACCCCGAACCUCUGACACGAGAGGUUGAGUAGGUAUAUAGUCGUCGUGAACACAAGUUCAUCCGUGGUCCCUCCAUUGAGAAGGAUUCUCAGUACCCCUCAUGAGUCCACCGCCAUAUUGCUCGCACCAGAUAUCCCGGGCAACGGAGCAAGAUCCGGGCCGAUGUUGCUGCGCUUCCGAGAUCCUCGAGAUCACCCUCAGCUGUCUUUGCAGCGUGGUGACUUGGACUUACACGGUCCAGAAUGAACUGCCCCAGAGACGAGGCGAGCAGCACGGAGCCGGAAGGCACGUCGACACAUUUAACUUCCGGCCUUCUCCCGGUCUCAUGCUUUUCUCCUGUUUAGUGUUUGGUUGCUGUGUCUCAUCCUUUACCCACCGGAGACACAGCGAAGAUCCCUUCCAGUUCGUCGUCUACAUCAUUUUCCUUGGCGUUGUUGCCGUGACCGGAUACGGAAUCCGAACGAAUGUUCACCUAAUCCUCCUGGGCUAUCUACCCUGGGCGACAUGCGCGGCCAUGGUCACCAGCAUUUCGGGCCACAGCAUCUACAGAUGGCUGAGACCCGAUGUUGGACCGGGGCAUGCAGACGAGGAGAAGGCGCGGCUUCUGGGUUGACUUGCCGGAGAAGGGGGUUCGAAGCACCAAGUCGUACCUGGCCGGCGCUGUCUCGGCCCCCUUUUUGGAUUAUCCCGACAUCGCCGCGCCGGAGGGAAGGAGGAGCGUAGGCACUGCGAUAUACGUUUUCUGAGAUCGGAUAAAUGCGCGGGACCAAAGUUAUGGCACCGUGUUGACGGUGCUUGCACUCUGUGCGCGAUUAGCAUUAAAGAUGUUGGGGACUCUGCGACCUGAACAGUGUUCAGGUCAGAUAAUACUGCAAAGAUGUCAGAUUCUCUUGCAAUUCAUAAAGCGCCACUUCUCGUUGACUUUUGCAUA